AUGUCUUUCCCCGAAAAGUUCCAGGGCUUCCAGUCCCCCAGCGCCGAGCGAUGGACCGACUUUGAAAAGAACACCUUCCAGCCCCGUCCCUUUGGCGACUACGAUGUCGACAUCAAGGUCGAGUGCUGCGGCGUCUGCGCCAGCGACCGUCACACCAUCAGCGGCGACUGGGGUGACUGCCCCUACCCUCUGGCCGUCGGUCACGAGGUUGUCGGCAAGGUUGUCCGCGUCGGCGACAAGGUGACGCUGGCCAAGGUUGGCGAACGUGUCGGUGCUGGUGCUCAGGUCUAUUCGUGCCUCGAGUGCCGUCAGUGCAAGAAUGACAAUGAGACCUACUGCAAGGACCAGAUUGACGCCUAUGGUGCUCCGUACCUCGACACCGGUGUCAACACCCAGGGUGGUUACUCUUCCCACAGCCGCAUCCACGAGUACUGGGUGUACCCUAUCCCCGAAGCCCUCUCCAGCUCCCAGGCCGCCCCUAUGCUCUGCGCCGGUAUCACCGUAUACAGCCCUCUGAAGCGCCUCGGUGCUGGCCCCGGAAAGAAGGUCGGCAUCGUCGGUAUUGGCGGUCUCGGCCACUAUGGUCUUCUCUUUGCCAAGGCCCUCGGCGCCGAGGUCUGGGCCAUCUCCCGUACGCGAGCAAAGGAGGAGGAUGCCCGUAAGAUGGGUGUCGACGGUUUCCUGGCCACAGGCGAGGAGAACUGGACCAAGGGCCACGAGAUGACCUUUGACAUCAUCAUCAACACCGCCACCUCUUUCGAGGGCUUCGCUCUCAGCCAGUACCUCAGCCUCCUCGACAUCCACGGCCACUGGAACUCUGUUGGUCUUCCCGGCGGCGACGGCCUGACCGUGCGCAACCAGGACUUCCUCUCCAACGGCUGCUACAUCGGCUCUUCGCACCUGGGCAGCCGACGGGAGAUGCUCGAGAUGCUGAAGCUGGCUGCCGACAACGGCAUCAAGUCGUGGGUCGAGGAGAUCCCCAUCUCGACCGAGGGUCUUCAGCUCGCCAUGGAGAACCUCCGAACGAGCAAGGUGCGAUACCGAUCGUGCAUGGUCAACUACGACGAGGCAUUUGGCGCAUAA